AUGUCAGGCAUUCCUCCGCCGCCGCCUCCAGGCUGGGGAGCAGCUCCUCCGCCACCUCCUCCGCCGCCCCCAUCAUCAUUGCCGCCUCCUCCUGAUACACCUGCGCCGCCAGCGCCUCCACUCCCAGGUUAUCAUCCUUCGUCCAAUCCCCAGAUUGCCAAGUAUGCACAGAAGAAAAAAGAAUGGCUUCGGGACCGUCGAAACAGAUUCGGAGAGAAAAGGAAGGCUGGAUUUGUCCAGACUCAGAAGGCUGAUAUGCCACCUGAACAUCUUCGCAAAAUCGUUAAAGAUAUUGGAGACGUGUCUCAAAAGAAAUACACCAAUGAUAAGCGCAGCUAUCUUGGUGCUCUGAAGUUUAUGCCACACGCAGUACUGAAGCUCCUCGAAAAUAUGCCUAUGCCCUGGGAAUCAGCACGUGAAGUCAAGGUUCUGUAUCAUGUCAACGGAUGUCUGACCUUGGUCAACGAGACGCCACGCGUUAUCGAACCGGUCUUCUUUGCGCAAUGGGCUAUGAUGUGGACUUUCAUGAGAAAAGAAAAGGCUGAUAGAAGGCUCUUCAAGCGAAUGCGAUUCCCUCCAUUCGACGAUGAAGAACCGCCCCUGUCGUGGUCGGAGAACAUCGAGGACGUGGAACCUCUCGAGCCUAUUCAAAUGGAAUUGAACGACGAGGAAGAUGAGGCCGUUUAUGAAUGGUUCUAUGACCAUCGUCCACUUUUGGAUACCUCGCAUGUGAAUGGUGCGAGUUACAAGACGUGGAACCUCACCCUGCCUCAAAUGGCAGCUUUAUUCCGUCUAAGUCGUCCCCUGAUUUCCGACGUUGUCGACAAGAACUACUUUUACCUUUUCGAUCUCAAGAGCUUCUUAACUGCAAAGGCUCUCAAUGUUGCGCUUCCAGGUGGACCGCGUUUCGAGCCGCUGUACAAGGAUAUUGAUCCCAAUGAAGAAGAUUUCGGCGAGUUCAAUGCUAUCGAUCGCAUCAUCUUCCGAACCCCAAUCCGCACUGAAUUUCGAGUCGCAUAUCCAUUUCUGUACAAUUCUCUCCCAAGAAGCGUACAUCUGACGUGGCACUCACAUCCGCAAAUCGUAUUCAACCGUGCUGACGAUCCCGAUCUGCCAACUUUUCUUUUCGACCGGCGAAUCAACCCAAUCUCAUCCCGAACAGUGGUACCCAAGAAUGUCGAAUCCACUCUUGAGGAUGAAAUUUUCGGAUCUGGAAAUAAUCAAGAGCCCGAGGAAGAUGCAUUUGAGUUGCCUGCUGCGGUCGAGCCCUUCCUUGCUGGUGAAGAGCUUGAAAACGAGCACACAUCCUCGGCCAUUGAUUUGUGGUGGGCGCCUUUCCCAUUUGAUAGACGCUCUGGAAAAAUGGUUCGUGCUCAGGAUGUCCCUUUGAUCAAGCAAUGGUAUUUGGAACAUCCGCCUUCCGAUCGACCGCCUGUGAAGGUUCGAGUUUCCUACCAGAAAUUGCUGAAGAACUUUGUUCUCAACGAACUUCAUAAGAAGAAGCCCAAUGCACACAAUAAUCAAAAUUUGUUAAGGUCUCUCAAACAGACCAAGUUCUUCCAACAAACAACAAUUGAUUGGGUUGAAGCUGGCCUUCAAGUUUGCCGGCAAGGUUUUAACAUGCUGAACCUCUUGAUUCACAGAAAGAACUUGACAUAUCUCCAUCUGGACUAUAACUUCAAUCUGAAGCCUGUGAAGACGCUGACAACCAAGGAGCGAAAGAAGUCUCGAUUUGGAAACGCAUUCCACCUGAUGCGCGAAAUACUCAGGUUGACGAAACUGAUUGUUGAUGCUCAAGUUCAGUAUCGCCUUGGAAAUAUUGACGCCUUCCAGCUUGCUGAUGGUAUUCACUACGCUUUCAAUCAUGUCGGACAGCUCACUGGGAUGUAUCGAUACAAAUACAAGCUCAUGCACCAGAUUCGAACCUGCAAGGACUUGAAGCACCUGAUAUAUUAUCGAUUCAACUCUGGUCCAGUCGGCAAGGGUCCUGGCUGUGGCUUCUGGGCUCCGUCAUGGAGAGUGUGGCUCUUUUUCAUGAGAGGCAUCAUCCCAUUAUUGGAACGAUGGCUUGGUAAUCUUUUAUCCCGUCAAUUCGAAGGUCGACACAGCAAGGGUGUUGCGAAGACAGUCACAAAGCAGCGAGUCGAAUCCCACUUCGAUUUGGAAUUGCGUCAGUCAGUGAUGUCUGAUUUGAUGGACAUGAUGCCAGAGGGUAUCAAACAGAACAAAGUCAGCGUUGUGCUCCAGCAUUUGUCCGAAGCUUGGCGUUGCUGGAAGAGUAAUAUUCCUUGGAAGGUCCCGGGCCUGCCUGCACCAAUUGAGAACGUUAUUCUUCGAUAUGUAAAAUCAAAAGCUGACUGGUGGAUUUCUGUUGCUCAUUACAACCGUGAGCGAAUACGUCGUGGAGCAACGGUUGAUAAGACGGUUGCGAAGAAGAACGUUGGGCGUCUGACUCGACUGUGGCUCAAGGCCGAGCAAGAAAGACAACAUAACCACAUGAAGGAUGGUCCAUAUGUGUCCUCCGAGGAAGCUGUUGCUAUUUAUACGACGACUGUUCACUGGUUGGAGUCUCGGAAAUUCUCACCUAUUCCAUUCCCCAGCGUUUCAUACAAGCACGACACCAAGAUAUUGAUCCUUGCUUUGGAGCGUUUGAGGGAGGCCUACUCUGUCAAGGGUAGACUGAACCAGACUCAACGUGAAGAGCUGGCAUUGAUUGAGCAAGCUUAUGACAGCCCCGGCACCACGUUGGAAAGAAUCAAGCGAUUCUUGCUCACACAGCGAGCUUUCAAGGAAGUCAAUAUUGACAUGAAUGACAACUACAGCACGAUUAAUCCUGUGUAUGAUAUCGAGCCCAUAGAGAAGAUCAGCGAUGCCUAUCUUGAUCAGUAUUUGUGGUAUCAAGCUGACCAACGUCAUCUGUUUCCCGCCUGGAUCAAGCCAUCAGACUCUGAGGUGCCUCCACUGUUGGUAUACAAAUGGGCUCAGGGCAUCAACAAUUUGAGUCAAGUUUGGGAGACAGAAGACGGAGAGUGCAACGUCAUGGUUGAAACGGAGCUUUCCAAGGUCUACGAAAAGAUGGAAUUGACGCUUCUCAAUUCUCUGCUGAGGCUCAUCAUGGACCACAACUUGGCUGAUUACAUCACUGCCAAGAACAAUGUUCAGUUGACCUACAAGGAUAUGAACCACGUCAACAGCUACGGUAUGAUUCGUGGGCUUCAGUUCUCAGCCUUUGUCUUCCAAUACUAUGGCCUGGUCCUGGAUCUGCUCUUGCUAGGACCUCAGCGCGCCAGCGAGAUUGCUGGCCCUCCCCAGAGCCCCAACGAUUUCCUGCAGUUCCGCGAUCGAGGAACAGAAUCAAGGCAUUCAAUUAGACUCUACAGUCGUUAUAUUGACAAGAUCUGGAUCUUUUUACGAUUUACAGCCGAAGAAUCCAGAGAUCUUAUCCAGCGCUUCCUCACUGAACAGCCCGAUCCUAAUUUUGAGAACGUUAUAGGAUACAAGAGCAAGAAGUGCUGGCCGAGAGACUCUCGUAUGCGGCUGAUGCGGCAUGAUGUCAAUUUGGGACGUGCCGUCUUCUGGGAUCUGAAGAAUCGUUUGCCGCGCUCUGUCACCACUAUUGACUGGGAUGAUAGCUUCGUCAGUGUCUACAGUCGCGACAACCCCAACUUGCUCUUCUCUAUGUGCGGAUUCGAAGUUCGAAUUCUACCCAAGACCCGAAAUCAAAAUGACGAGUUCCCUGUUAAGGACAGCGUUUGGUCUUUGGUCGACAAUACCACGAAGGAGAGAACUGCAUAUGCUUUUUUGCAGGUCACACAAGAAGACAUUCAGAAAUUCAACAACCGCAUUCGACAAAUUCUUAUGUCUUCUGGCUCCACAACCUUCACAAAAAUUGCGAACAAAUGGAAUACCGCGCUGAUUGCCCUCUUCACCUACUAUCGUGAAGCAGCAGUCUCCACGGUCGAUCUUCUUGAUACCAUUGUCAAGUGUGAGACGAAGAUUCAAACCCGUGUCAAGAUUGGGCUGAACUCGAAGAUGCCGUCUCGUUUUCCUCCUGCUGUUUUCUACACGCCCAAGGAACUUGGUGGCUUGGGCAUGAUUUCAGGCUCGCACAUCUUGAUUCCUGCAAGUGACAAGCGAUGGUCUAAGCAAACAGACACAGGAGUCACUCACUACCGUUCUGGUAUGACUCAUGACGAGGAAACCUUGAUCCCGAACAUUUUCCGUUACAUCAUCCCCUGGGAGGCAGAAUUUAUUGAUUCCCAGCGUGUCUGGACGGAGUACUCCCAGAAGAGACUCGAGGCCAACCAGCAGAAUCGUCGUUUGACACUGGAAGACCUUGAAGAUAGCUGGGAUCGUGGUCUACCGAGAAUCAACACCCUUUUCCAGAAAGACCGCAGCACGCUUAGCUUUGACAAAGGUUUUCGAGCUAGAUCCGAGUUUAAAAUUUAUCAGUUGAUGAAGUCUAAUCCUUUUUGGUGGACUAGUCAGCGACAUGACGGGAAAUUAUGGAAUCUCAACGCUUAUCGUACCGACGUCAUCCAAGCACUCGGCGGUGUUGAAACCAUAUUGGAACACACACUCUUCAAAGCAACAGGAUUUCCUUCAUGGGAAGGACUCUUUUGGGAAAAAGCGUGUCUUGCGAAUGGUACGAUGCUGCUUCGACAUGAUCGUUCUCUGGUUGCAGUUGAAGACGUUAGGGAGGGUGAUUUACUUCUUGGGCCUGAUGGAGGACCUCGACGGGCAUUCAACGUGGUUAGUGGCAAAGACCGACUAUACCGUAUCACGAUUGGCGGCGGAAAAGAAGAUCUCGUGGUUACUCCCAACCAUAUUCUAGUCUUCCACGAAGUAAAGAGCGACUCUGAUAAAUAUUACGAUGACAUUGAGAUGACAGCCGCUCAAUAUGCAUCGUUGGAGUCUACAGAGAGGAGCAACUACAGGCUCUUUAGCUGCACCGGUCUCGACUUCCCUCAGGCAACGACCACUGGGUCCGCUGGAGGUCGCUUCAUUCCCCAGUCUCAUAGCUUCGCGGUCGAGGAUGUAGUACUGGAAACAGAAGCUAGAGCAUGGGCAGGUUUCCGAGUAGACGGAGACCAGCUCUAUCUGCGACACGACCAUCUCGUGCUUCACAACAGUGGUUUUGAAGAGAGCAUGAAGUUCAAAAAGCUCACGAAUGCGCAGAGAUCCGGUCUGAACCAGAUUCCAAACCGUAGAUUCACUCUAUGGUGGUCACCCACUAUCAACCGUGCCAACGUGUACGUCGGUUUCCAAGUCCAGCUGGACUUGACGGGAAUUUUUUUGCACGGAAAGAUUCCCACUCUGAAGAUCUCCUUGAUUCAGAUUUUCCGAGCUCACUUGUGGCAGAAGAUUCAUGAGUCCGUUGUAAUGGAUCUUUGUCAAGUGUUUGACCAGGAGCUGGAGUCACUCGGCAUUGAGACAGUGCAAAAGGAAACGAUUCACCCGCGAAAGUCGUAUAAGAUGAACAGUUCUUGCGCCGACAUUCUUCUCUUCGCAAGCCACAAAUGGAAUGUCACUCGCCCUUCUGUACUGUUUGACACCAAGGAUGUCAUUGAGGCGACCACCACGAACAAGUUUUGGAUUGAUGUGCAACUUCGUUAUGGCGACUAUGACUCGCACGACAUUGAACGGUAUACCCGUGCAAAGUACCUUGAUUAUACUACCGAUAGCUCAAGUAUUUAUCCCUCUGCUACGGGCCUGAUGAUAGGUAUCGACCUCGCUUACAAUCUUUACUCGGCUUACGGCAUGUACUUUCCUGGGUUGAAGGUUCUUAUCCAGCAAGCUAUGGCCAAGAUCAUGAAGGCCAAUCCAGCACUUUAUGUCUUGCGUGAACGUAUCCGAAAGGGUUUGCAAUUGUACGCCUCUGAAAGCAAUCAGGAGUUCCUGAACUCGCAGAACUACUCUGAGCUGUUCAGCAACCAAACUCAGCUGUUCAUUGACGACACCAACGUCUACCGUGUGACGAUUCAUAAGACAUUCGAAGGCAAUUUGACGACUAAGCCAAUCAACGGCGCUAUCUUUAUUUUCAACCCCCGAACUGGACAGUUGUUCCUGAAGAUUAUUCACACGAGUGUUUGGGCCGGCCAAAAGCGUCUUGGACAGCUCGCUAAAUGGAAGACUGCUGAAGAAGUUGCGGCUCUCAUUCGAUCACUCCCUGUGGAACAGCAGCCGAAGCAGCUAAUUGUUACCAGAAAGGGCUUAUUGGAUCCUCUCGAAGUCCAGUUGGUUGAUUUCCCCAAUAUUUCUAUCCGGGCAUCUGAGCUGCAACUUCCCUUCCAAGCCGCCAUGAAAGUUGAGAAACUGGGAGACAUGAUCUUGAGGGCUACCGAGCCUCAGAUGGUGUUAUUCAAUCUCUACGAUGAGUGGCUGAAGACUAUUUCGUCGUACACAGCGUUUUCUCGUCUGAUUUUGAUCCUCCGUGCUCUCCAUGUCAAUCCGGACAAAAGCAAACUCAUCCUUCGGCCGGACAAGACUGUCAUCACACACGAACAUCACAUUUGGCCAUCCAUGUCUGACGAAGAUUGGAUCAAGGUAGAAACACAGCUGCGAGAUCUCAUCUUGAAUGACUACGGAAAGAAGAACAAUGUCAAUAUUUCCAGUUUGACCAGCAGUGAGGUCCGUGAUAUCAUCUUGGGCAUGGAGAUCUCUGCACCUUCUUUGCAGAGACAACAGGCUGCGGAGAUCGAGAAGCAACAGCAAGAGCAACAACAGCUCACUGCUGUCACGACGAAGACGCAGAACGUGCACGGUGAAGACAUUAUUGUCACAACUACAUCGCAGUUCGAGCAGCAGACGUUUGCCUCCAAGACUGAAUGGCGGACAAGAGCCAUUGCAACAUCCAACCUGCGGACCAGAGCCAAGAACAUCUACGUGUCUUCUGUCGACAACGAUCUGGACGACAUUACCUAUGUCAUGCCCAACAAUAUUCUGAAGAAGUUCAUCACGAUUGCGGAUCUGCGGGUCCAAGUGGCAGGAUAUCUCUACGGCUCUGCUGCCCCUGACAACGAGCAAGUCAAGGAAAUCAAGUGUAUCGUCAUGAUGCCUCAAAUAGGUGGCUUGCGCAGCGUGCAGCUUCCUCAGCAGCUUCCUCGCAGCGACUUCCUUGACGGCAUGGAGCCCUUGGGUGUCAUACAUACCAUGUCAGGUAGCGAGCUGCCAUACAUGUCCGCCGCGGAUGUGACCGAGCAUGCCAGGCUGCUUGAUGCCCACAGCGAGUGGGACAAGACAAACACGGUAACCGUUUCCGUCUCAUUCACACCCGGUAGCGUCUCCCUCUCGGCUUGGGGCCUCACACCUAAAGGAUACAAAUGGGGAGCCGAAAACAAGGACACCCAAAGCGACCAGCCACAAGGAUUCACCACGACCAUGGGUGAGAAAAGAAAGCUGCUGCUGUCUCCGAGAUUCAGGGGUUUCUUCCUGGUGCCCGAUGACAGAAGAUGGAACUACAGCUUUAUGGGCAGCGCUUUCGCAGGCAUGGAAAAGAAGCCCGUGCAUGUGAAGCUGGACACACCCCUUCCAUUCUACAACGACCAGCACCGACCAAUUCACUUUCAUAGUUUUGCCGAGCUGGAAGACAUCUGGGUAGACCGGACGGACAACUUUGAAUAG